GUUGUUUAUGUUUAGACUGUUUUUCGGAAGUUUGAAACGUUUAGAAAAGUAAAAUGUUUCAUUUCAUUAGCUAUAAACACAUACGAAAGCAAUGAGUAGGACGUUUUAUUUGGGUUGUUUAAAGCGCAAAAUUUAACUUGAAGCCUAACUAAUAAAAUUAACAAAAUGUAUUUAGAAAAAGAAAAAAAGGAAGAAGCUAUUUGCGUUGCUGUCACUGUUGAAAAUAAGCAAGAUAUAAAAAUAAGAAACACAGAGGCGAAAAAACGAAUUUAUAGAAAACUACAGUCAAUGUCUACGUAUGUGCAUACAGAAAUUCUGAUUGUGCUUAACAACAAAGCACUGUUCUACUUGCUCCUCGCAUGUUUGUCGCUAUAUUGUAUCAUCAACACCGCAGUAGGAACAACAUCAUCACCUGUCGCAAUUUGGCUGUGUAAGCAGCGCAGUUUGUCAUACCGACACCGAUAUGUCUCCAUGGAGAUCCUUGCGAAAACUACGACGCACAUAUUUUAAUCAACCAUGCACAGACGUAGUCGCUUAAUACUUUCGUGCUGUUGACGGAGAGAUAACAUUAUAUCCCAUAUAUAUCUCAAAAAAUGUUGCAUGACAUUCUCAGUCUAAAUCGUCAAGUUCGCAAAAAAAAAAAAAACUAUAUUUGAAAAUAUGCCUACAAACAUAUUCGCAAUCAUGAGAAAAUUUAUAUUCAAUACAAGGCAAAUAAUAUAACGAAUAAUGCAAAACAUUAAGCAAAAUUAAGCAAAUGCUUUGUGUAAAUAUGAGAAGCCCUUGCAAAUAACAAAUAGUAAAUAUUUAGGUGGUGGGUAUCUAAGAUUCUUCCCAAGGCAAACAUUGAUUUCAUGUUUGUUUUCUUUAGCAACUUUUCACGUCUCUAUGCUUAGCAGUUUUUUAAAUAGUGAAGUUAACACUUCUAUGCUUGUAUGCUCUUUUAUUAUAAAUUUUCAAACUGUCGUGAAUGU